UAUGCUACAGUCUCUCAUUGGUUGGUCACAGCCAGUAGGAUCCAGCUAGUGCCGUCAUUUGGGAGGAACGGGUGAAGGGUCUGUUCUUGAUGAAACCGACGUAGCAGUGAAAAGGAUUAAUAUUCCCGCUUUUUUCUACAGGUUUAAACAAUUUUACUUCACUUCCUGCAUACUUAGCAACGGUGUCGAAGUCACCAUGUUGCGGGUACUUUUUCUUCUUUCCACAUUAUGGACGCCGAUACGAGGAAUAGCAAACACACAACAGCUACCAUGUCGAUCAGUCUGUAAUGGAGGCGGAAAUACCGGUCCUGGGGAUCUCAUCUGCGUGGACGAGCAAUACAACAGCACCAAGACAGGGCGCAUAAUGAAGGAGUGUCUCGAGUGCGAGAGUAACAGCACAACAUAUAAAUCGCCUACAGAGAAUGACCUCUACUAUUUUCUAUUCAACCAACAAUGGACAGUCCAGUACUGUCUCUUCGAACACUCAACACAAACAUCCGCAUGGCCGCAAUGCCAGUCCAACUGCUCGGGUAUACAAGACGUCCUCGAACAUGGUUGGAAUGUGAAUACAAAUAAUGCAGUGGGACAGUAUGAUUACUGCAAGUGGAAUGGUAGUGCGUUUGGGAAGAAUGUUGGGUCUUGUGCGUCGUGUUUAGGGGGCGUGCCGGGGUCUGUUACGCUUUCUAACUUUUUGUUAAACCUCGAAACGGCAUGUAACACGCAGCCCAACUCAUCAAAAAACGAUACCCUGAAACUAUCGCGUCCGCUAUUUUACACACCCUGGGAGGAGUCAGAGUCAUCGGGAUUAUCAACCGGAGCCAAGGCUGGGAUUGGUGUCGGUGUUGGCGUGGGUGGUAUACUCGUCAUCGCGGGUGUUGUCUGGGUUAUCCUCCGACGGAGAGGACAGAAACAACACCACGAGCGAAUCCCGCAAGAGGAAGAGGUGAAGAACACCGGACCGAGCGAGAUGGAGACACCGGCGAACCAUCUGGAAUUGCAUGCUGGUGCUGUUGCGGUUGAGAUGGAGAAUACUGCCAGACAAGUGAGGACGGUGCCGGGGCCGCCGUCCGAGCUUCCUGUUAAUUAACAACAUGUAUUAUUAUGCUCAUUAUACAGCUGAUGA